GGACUAAUUAAAAAAUUGGCUUCAUACAUGCUGCUGAUACUGACGGACGAGUACAACACUUCUCAAGUUCACGCAAAGUGUCAGCAACGGCUAACAAGUAUUCCAUAUGACGGGGAGGUUUGCGGACACAGAAAAACAAGAGAACGUGCAACGUACUGGGUUGAAGGACCUCAAGGCGGCUUCAUUCCAAAGAGGGGAAGGAAAAUAAAGUACUGUCGAGACCAGAUUGGCAAUUUGCUGAAUCCGGCAAGUGACUG